GUGGCGCGGCGCUGGGGUGACGGCGACGAGGAGGGCCGAGGGCCGAGCGGGACCGGAGGCUACGGCGGCCGGGAGGAAUGCUGCGACGGGCGGCGGGGCGCGGGCUGGGCAGGGCGCUGUGGGCGCUGGCGGGGCGAGGACGGAGCUGCAAAGCGGGCGGACCUGAGCGAGGCCCUCGCAGCGCCCGCAGCCCCAGGAUCUACACGAGGACGGGAGAUGAAGGCUUCUCCAGCACCUUCACUGGGGAGAGGAGGCCGAAGGCUGACCGCAUCUUUGAAGCUCUGGGGACGACGGAUGAGCUGAGCUCCGCCAUCGGGCUUGCUAGCGAGCUGAGCAGUGAGAAGGGCCAUGCGUUUGUUGAACAGCUUCACAAGGUCCAGUGUAUGCUGCAGGAUGUGGGCUCCAACAUCGCAACACCUCUCUCCUCAGCCAGGGAAGCUCACUUAAAAAGAACAUCUUUUAGUGAGGAGCCUGUUCUGGAGCUGGAGAAGUGGAUUGACAGAUAUUCAGAGCAGCUUCCUCCGCUUAGAGCUUUCAUCUUGCCAGUAGUCAGGAGGUAAAAGCAGUGCUGCUCUCCAUUUUUCCCGAGCUGUCUGUCGCAGAGCUGAGAGGUGGUGAGUGUUGGCUGUUAGUGUAACUGAACAAAAUGGACAGAAGGUGAUCAUACUGUUACAACAAGAGCAAAUUGUCACAACCAGAGCAACUGACCAUAGCUGUUCUGCACUCAGCUCUGCAUGGUUGUGUUAGUCAAAUUCCUAGAGUGCAGUCAGCAAAAAAACCUAAAUCUCUCUUUCCUCCCCUGGACUGGUUCAUAUGAGCCAAGAACUUCAGAAAGGACAGGUUUGUGUAGAGAUGCAUCUGUUUUCAGCUAGUAUCCUGUUUGCUACGUAUACUUUGUAGGUGAGAAGGUAUGAAAGCUGGCAUGCUGACAGGCAGAAUGUGGUGAGGUCUGAUGCUCCAGAAUGCUCACAGCUAGCCAGAUAAAUAAACUGCAACUCCUUUUCUUGCCUAGUGUGGUUCCUCUAGUACAAGCAGGGGAAGCAGAUCCAAACGUGGCCAAAUAUUUAAACAGGUAAAGAAAUCCAUCUCCUUUUUCUGUACUGCUGAAGCUUGCUUGGUGUUGUUCCCUCACUCAUUGUAAAACUGUGGGGCUUCACCUUUCAAGGAGUUUACCUUCUAGAUUUUGAAAUCUGAAGAAGCAGCUUUUUAAGAAGUAUUGUUGCAUGGCCUUGUAAGUGUGUGCAGGGACUACUGGGGUGCUGAGGGGGCAGCCAGUUAACUUUCUGCUUCAAGACUGCAGUCACCUCUUGCGUGGAUUUUCUGCCUUGCUUUACUUCCAGUUCUUUGCUGUAACGUGCUUUGUUGCACAGCUGCGUGCUGCUGGUUACACCUGAUGUGAGUGGCAGUUUCAUUGCUCUUCCCUUGGUUUACAGACUGAGCGACUACCUCUUCGUUUUGGCACGUUAUGCUGCAAUGAAGGAAGGGAAGGAAGAGAAAAUAUAUACAAAGCCAGAACCAUAACUGGAAUGGGAUGUUUGUGUUGUAGAUCUUGGAAAAUUAAAUCCAGCAGAGUGCUUUCCCCAGGCAUGGAUGGGAAAGAGAGCAAGCCUGAAUUGGGAAUGUGAGCUGCCAAAGACUUCCAGUGAACAUGAUCAGGACCUUGUUCAUAAAUGUUGUAAGGAACACAGCUGUUCUGUUCACUAGGCUUCUCAGUAACACAGUGGUGUUGGUUUCAGAAUUACUCUUUGCCCUGGAGCAGAGGUGAGACUUCCAAUAACUCCAGCUGAUUUCUGGAGUUGUCCUAAUUUCCCUGGGCAGCAGCAGGUUCUGUGGAAAGACUUUGACAGGGCUCUGAGGUAUGAAGAAAAGAAAACAAUCAGCUUUCCUUUGUAAGUCAUAAUGCUCAUACAGAACAGGUACUGUGCUGAGAUUCAGGAACUCUGUCCACAAGCUUUGAAAUAAUAAAUGUGAUUUACUUGUACCAAAGGGCCCUUAACUGUCAUGCUUUAAUACUGAGCCCAGCUUGCUUUUCUUUUUUAAGUUGCUUUCAAUCCAUCAGCUCUAGCUGAAGCUGAGCUGUGUAGAUUUACAGGAACACACUUAGAAUUCUUUGGCUGUGGCUGUCUCUCUUUAUGCACGUGAAAAAUGUGUCUGUGCUGGCAAUCCCACGCAUCCUCUGCCAGGAACAUGCUUGUGUAGGACAGGAUUAAAAGAGGAAGGGCCAAAUCCUACAGGUCGUGUGCAGGCAAGAUCUGCUUAGUUAGCUGGGGUUGAGUCCCUGCAGGGCUGCCCCUCCCAGCACACAGAGACCCCUUGAGACCAGCUUGGGGUUGUGAUGAGGGGCCUGGAGCUUCAGCUGAUGCAGUGAGAGGUGAAAGCAAGAGGCCAGUAGCUACAGGUGUUCAUAUCUCAGACCUAUGAACGUUCUGAGGAGCUUCACUCCCAUGGAGCAUUCAGCAGAGGGCAUUGGAAGGUGUCCUAAAGCUUGGAGAUGCUGGCUGCAAACAUCACAGCAGUAUUUCCAACACAGAAGACAUCCUCUGUUGGAGCUCAUCAAGGUCAGCUGAAGGCUUCAUCUCGCAGAACAGCUGCACGCUUUGUUGCAUUGUUUCUUCACUUGCCCUUUUUGGCAAAUGUAAUGGUAUCAAUUUACAUGAUACAGAGCAAACUAAAAUUCAGGAAUGUUAGGCUCUUUUGGAAGCUUUUUCAGCUUCCUGAUGGAUUGGACUGCCAAAAAACAUACUCAGUGUGUAAACAAGUGUGUUACAGCCAAGUGAAUGCAUUAACACCCUGCUACUCGCUCUGUAUACAGAAUAGCCAGGCAUUACAGUUGAAGUCCAAGUCUUUUACAGCUUGGUAAUCUGGAAGGAUGUGUGUGAGCCACGUUGGUUUCAGUCUGCUUGUAAGGAAGAGCAUCACAGGGCAGGGGGCUGCGAGGUGAUUGCACAGGUUAAGGGUGCUUGUCCUGCUGUAAGGGUGGCACUCUUGGUGGUGGGAGCUUUGAAGUCACGCAGUUUCCACUGUUCCAUUAUUUUAAGUAGGAACAACUUUGAAGUUGCUCCCCAAAAGAGACUCUGGCUUUUGUGUUAACCUCUUAAUCAGAAGGGGGUCAGUGUGAAGAACACCCAGCACUAACAGACACCGCCGUCUCAUUAUUCACCUUUUUUCUUUUGAAACACAUAUUUCAUGGCUAUUGUUAAUGCACAUUUUUCACAGAGUAAUUUUCCAAACCUUAGCCUGUAUCACAUCCCAGUGACAAAUGCUCUUGAUUUGGACUGUACCGUCAGCUCAAUGUCACAUCAGACAUUUUCUCAAUGCCUGCUCCAGACAGUCCAUCCAGUUUUAUGAUAGCUCUGUCUCGGUGAUCACUACUGAACCUUAAGAAUCUCCAGGCUUUUCAAGUUUAAUUGAAUAAAAUCCUUUGCAGUAUAAAUUCUUCAUGAAUGCUAUAUAAAUCAGCUCCAGGAUGGAUUUAUAGUAUUUUCUUUUUUUUUUUUCCAACUGGGGGGAAGAAAUCUCACUACUGUUUUGGGACCAAAGCUAGCAUUGCUUUGAGUGCAAGGAGGAAUAAAUUUAGCUACCACGCUCUUAGACGAUGUAGAGAUUAAAUUUAUUAGGGUUCACUCAGCUUCCAGCUCUCUCUUUGUACCCUAACAGGUCUGUGCAAUUGUUUCUGCACGGCUGAAGCUGAGGGAUGCUGGUGUGUGAGGUGCCUCUGUUCUCCAGAUAAGCAGGCAUAGGGCUCAACUUCAGAAACUGGGAGAACUCAGGCUGAGAGCAAUCCCAGCCACGUGGGCAGCUACAGCUCAGCAAAGCUGAGCUCCACAGACACCACACUUUGCUUUUGGUGAGUUUUCAGCCUGCAGUGUUUGCCCAGUGCUUCAGCACCAGGUUGUACAGCACCUGCCUGUAUCAAAGGGGCUGCUGGCCGUUAUGCUGCAUACAGGAGCUUUUGCACCAGCUUCUAGUGUGGCCCAGCUGGCAGCUGAUGGCACUUAGGACAGCAGGCAGGAAUGCCUGAGAGCCUAGCAAGAGAAGGCACAGGUGAGCAAAGAAUCAUUGCAAUUAAAUACAGGCUUUAAAACUAGUAAAGUGUUAGUGCUGGGCUUGCUUUUUCAAAGUCCUUCAAUCCCACCCAGCAAACGUGGCCAUGCAACCUAGGGAUUCCAGUGCCUGCACCUCAUUAAUAUAGUGGGAGAAAGGCAGAUGCUGUGUCCGUGCUGACCGUCUGCAGAGCCCAGACACAUUCCUGCCUAGCAGGGUUCCUUAUUUAUGAGUACGUUGGAACUGCCAGCAGAGACAUAUGUUGCUAAGGGUCGUUUAUUCUUGUUUGUAAAAUGUAUGGCUGCUCCUAGCUUACAUACUGUCAAAACUGGAAGAACUGGCCCCAAAAUCUCUUGCUGCAUGAUUGGAUCAGACGCCUGUACAUCUGUUAACGCUGUAGGAGCUGUAAAAUGAAAUAAGUUUCACUAUAACUCAAACACCUCUAUUACCACCACAAUGUGCAAGCAGCAGAGCCGGCUGCUGCUCUUGCAGAAAUGACACAAACAUACAUUUUGCCAAGUUGUAUGUAAAUUUAUACAAGGCAGCAUUCCCUCUGCUAACACAGGGAAGGAAGGGCUGGUGCAUGUGUGUGCCCCCACCAAGGGAUGCACUGGGGCUGCAUCCAUGGGGGGAAGUUUUGGGGUGUACACAGCCACACUGCACCGCUUCUGUCAAGCUGGAGAUGUCAAAGGGACACCUCUGCCAUUGGGUCAAGUCCUCUGCUCCUGAAAAGUCAUCUGGAAUGAGUCAGAACUAAGCUCUAAGGAAUGCUUCAUCUCAUGCUGCUCAGUGCUGCAGGGAGCCAAUACAGCCCAUCCACCUGAACACACAGCCAGACCCUGCCCAGAGCACAGUACUGUCAGAUGGAGGAACAACCAGGCUGCAGUGCAACUCGUGGACUUGGGAUGCAAGAAGCAGCAAGAAAAGCUGUCUGCUCCCAAAAUAUGCCCCUGCUUGAGAGGGGGACCCCAGCACUACUCCAGGUCAAGCAAUCCAGCUCUGCUCCAUACCCCAUGUGCACAGUCCCAGCACCUCACUGUGCACAGAACCAGCCCCACAAGCUCAUGCUCACUUUUCGGUGCUGUAGAAGCAGGCAUUUUGCAGGCCUGCCUGGCUGUUGCCAGCUUUCUGCCUUCACAGCAUCUGCUGUGAGAUUUCUUUUUGCCGUUUCUGAUGGUGCCAUAUGCCUCAGUGUCAAAACAAUGGUGCUUGCACACUGACUGGGAGCCCUGGGCCAUGCUCCCACCGAGCCCUUGCCCCAGCUGAGCCCCAGAGCCCACGGGGCUGCCCCAAGCACUGUGGGGAAGCAGGACCAACAGCCAUGUGGCUCUGUGUGAUAUGAAGGGCCCUACAAGCACCUGCUUACACUGAGGACAACAAACCCCCCUUAAGGGCUGUCACAGCACCCUGCAAGACUGCAUAGCAUUUCUCCAACCAUAGUCUAGAAAUCCUGCUCCAAGGAACCCUGGCAGGUCCCUUCCAGGCUCAGAGCUGGUCACAGCCACGUAGGCAGUGCCCAGGGAGCCUGGCUCAGAGCACGUGUGCCAGCAACCAGCCUGAAAAAAGGGAUCCCCAAGCACCCAGCAGCCUCCAUGC